GACGUGUGAUGCACGGUUCCGUGGUUGAUUCCAACAAAAACGUGUACCAUGUUGUGAUUGUGCCAUGUGUCCGGGUGUAGUGUAUCGUUAAAGGGUUAAAUGCUUUUAUCACGUGCGUCUGAAUGAGUUCUGCUCCUGGGCCCGUCCCCCCGCUAUAGUUCUGCGGCUGCACCAUCGGGUGCAUAAAAGUGCAAUUAUCGAUUGCCGCUAGUGUGUGGUGUGUUGCUACCGCGAAAUCCCGAUUUCGCAUCUUCCCCUUGUGCGACACCCAUUUUUCUCCUCACCAUCCGGCUCGUGUUCGAGAGAAAGCACGCGCACUACGCGACAGAUAGCCGACAGAGUGUGCCGUGAGAGUGCGGCUUUCGACAGAUUUUGGGUUUCGUAUCCCGACGUGAUAAGAGCGACAUAGACGUCGGCCAAAAAUGCCCAUCGCCGUAGAUGAGACGCAUUUCCAUCAUCCACCGCCACCGGCAGCAUCCGUACCGUUGGCAGCUACGGAACCGCCAUCAGCCCCGGCCUCGAUCCCGAUGGUGCUGAUGGAUGUCUCCUGCUCCGUAACGAAUGGGACGACCAACAACAACGGCGUAGUAACUCCAUCGAAGCAACACCUAGCAACCUGGCGUAGCAACGGAGGGAUGCUGGACUCUUCUCGCUCGCCAUCGGUCGGAGAAACCUUUGUUUCCGCGGCUGCCUCCACCUCGUCCGCUGUCCACAGCGAUGAUGCUAGCGAUUCCGAAUCCGGCAGCGAUGGACCGGACGAGGAGGAAGUUAAAAUGUUGGAUCUUUCGCGGACAUCGCCUUCCGGUGCCUUCCGCUACGUAACGACCACCACCAUCACGCUAAGUGGCGCCGGUGGCGACGCUACAAAACAGCCCCUCGACAGGGAUCAGCUGGUCGCCAGUCCGGGUCAAGAUUCGGGCCGUAGCGAAAGUGUACGGCAGUCAGCAGGUGGUCAGGUGAAUGGUGAAACACAUCGGGAGACGUACAUCUCACGCUGGGAAGGACCCUCAUCGUCCGGUGCUUCAUCGAUCGCGCUAUCCGUUGACGCUGUGGACGAUUUAACGAUGCGAGAACUGAACGAGCGUUACAUCAGCAUUACGGUGGUACCGGAGAAGAAGGGUAUUCUCCUGAAGCAUUCCGAGUAUGAGAUCAAGCUGAAAGGAUCAGAAAAACCAGUCCGACGGCGCUACAAAGACUUCGUGACGCUGUACGACUAUCUGGCCGAGAAGUAUCCGUACAGGGCCCUACCAGCGCUUCCGCCCAAACAGUUAAUCGUGGAUUCAAUUGAGCAGCGUCGCCGUGGACUACUGUCGUGGUUAACAUUUGUGGCACAGCAUCCGGCCCUACGUCAAUCGCCGAUCCUCGGUAUCUUCCUGCAGGACACUACCACCGACUAUCGGUACCGGAUGUGCGUAGCGUACGAGAAGCAGAUCGAUGAGUUUGCCCGGCUACGGGAAAAUGCAACCAUGCCAGCCAUCGAUGUGGACACAGUGGUCGAAACAAGAGCACGGUUACGCUGCGCACAUAGCGCCAUCGCUCGGUUGAUGAAGCUCAUCGAUCACGAUACGGUGCGCACCCAGAAGCAGGCUCACGAUCGGACCGAAAUCGAUCGAAUCUUGCAGAGUAGCGAACUGUGUGGACUGUUCGGUGAGCGCCACUUCGAGGAUAUGUCGGUGGGUUUGCGGGGUGCCACGCUGGAAGGUGAAAGAUAUGUGCAGGCACAGCAUCGCGCCGUUAUCGAACGGCUGCACCUGCUACUGGAUGCCCUCUAUGCUCACAGUGAUCUGUGCGAUCGCGUUGAAAAAGGUGUUUUUGCCGAAUACCAGAAAGCUCUCUUGAAAACGGAAACCGGCGGAUGCAGUGCGCAGUUGGAACGGCGAGCAGCCUAUGCUUUCUGCUGUAUCCGCAGUGAAACCGAACUGAUUCAACGAGAGCUUGACUCGUUGGGAUCGAUUCUACUGUCGUACGCUCACGAAGAACAACAGCAUCAUCAGAAGAUGGCCAAAAUUUGGCAUCAGCUUAUAGUGACGGAAUCCGGUAAGCUUAUCUGAGCAAAGAUUAGCCAACGAUGGAUAACAAACGCAGCGUGGAUGCGAAUCUUUCACAUGCGAUGACUAUAAGCGGCCAAAAGGAAUAGCAGAGCAGUAAAGUGAUUAGGUUGAUUGCCGAUGCGAUAUCUAUUUUGCACUCUACUUAGAAAUGCAAUCCAACUUAAGGUUCACACUGUACUUAGUGAUCAUUACUACUUCACAAUUGUUGUUGAAGGAUAAUGCACAAAAUAGCAACCAUUCCACACGGGUUAGUGCCCUAGAAUUGCGGUUUUGCUUAGGCCUUUCAAUUUUUAGAAUAUAGAAACGCACAAAAAGAGGAACAAAUGUGUGCUGGUGAGUAAAGGCAGAAUGAUAAACGUUCAUGAACAGUGAUAGAACGAAGCUCAAACUUCACUAAUAUUAAUGUAGCGUGAUAAACGUUUCGCAUUUGCGCAAAUAAAACCUUCUGAGUCGUCUGUGGAA